AUGGCUACCCAAGGUUCUGACAGCUUUUCCGACUUCGAUUUCUCCUUCUCGGAGUUUACUGAACAAGACCUCGCGAAGCUUGACGCAGCCAUCAAGCCUCUAGUCGAACCUCGCCCAAUCCCAGACGAACCGCCCGCAGUCGCCGACGCGUCCUUCCAGUCAGAGAUAUGCGGCCUCAAUCUGAACGUCCUGACAGAAGAAGAGCUGGCCAAGUUAGACGCGGCGACUGAAGAGCCUGUCAUCCUUGAAGUACGCGAAGCCGACGCGUUGACGGACGCGUCGUUCCAGUCGGACGUGGGUGGAAUCAACUUCAACACGAUGAGCGCAGAGGACCUGGCGAGACUUGACGAGGCGGUGCCGCAGAAUGCUGCAGGUGGACCUGCGAUCCAAAUUCAACUAGAGGAGGAAAGGCCCUCAGCAGCAGACGACCAAGUCUCGGGCGCUCCCCCGACCACCAAGUCGCCUUAUCAGGAGUUCCGCGCCUGGAACCACCAUUUCUCCGUGACUGACCUUGUCAGCCCAGCUUGGUGUGAAGCGCAGUAUGACUAUGGCCUACGAGGAAGACGAAGUCGCCCAACAGAUCAGAGGCCUAAAAGCUUUACUUCUGCUUCUGGGAAGACGAUAAAGGUCGAGCAGAAACUCUCGGAGAGCAAUUAUAUUGCGACGAAACAGGGUUUAGCAGUUCACAGGGAACUCGAGCGAGAGAUGAACUUCAAUGAACUCGAGAUCGAGAUUGAAACGGAGGAAUCAAUGUGGGCGUUACGCCUCUUCAAUAUGAUCGCCUGCUUCCAGAGUAUAUCAGGCGGUAUUGUUCGCGAAGUGCCAGUUCUUGGGAUAAUCCAUAACGAAGUUGUCGUUGGUAUCGUGGAUGAAAUUAUCAAGGUUGAGGCAACUUCUCAUGAGCCCAAGAACAAACGGGUUUCAGAGACAAGUCCCAAUCAUUCUUCUAAACGGGCACGACACGACCCGCCUUCAUCUCAGAUGCGGAUAGAGCCUUUCUUUCCCAGUCCCAAGAAAAGCAACACGCCUUCGACCCAUAACGGACCUCGCUAUGGCUUGUACAUCAAGGACAAUAAAACAAGAGCAAAAAGAAAAAUUCCAUUGGACCAAGACACACUCUCAGGGCGUUUGCAGCUAAUGAUCUACCGAAGGCUACUCUCACAGCUGUUGUCGACCGAUCCACCAUACGAUUUCAAUCCUAUCUGGAAGAAGCUAGAACUUGACCCAGAGGAGGUCUUUCCGACGAAGUUCCUCGUCCAGUCCCGUCUAAUCGAGUCGAACGACGGUUUUAAGACUGCUUGCCUGAAUGAUCUGGUUGACAUGUGGCACAGGCAGGUCAAAGAGGCUGACCUUGCUGGAGUAAGCAUGCAGCUGGAGUUGGUGUACCGCCUUCGACCUUCGCACGAUGAAAAGGGGAAGGGCAAGCAAGUUGCCUCAUCCGAAUCGACGCGGAGCAUAAAUCAAGAGGAGGAAGACUUAGCCAGAGCUAUUGCCGCCAGCUUGGAAGAUGCAUGUGCAGCUGAGGUCCCCGUAGCCGGGCCUUCUAUUCGAGAUGGGGCCACGAUCGAAACCCUGGCGGCAGCUUCAGGAUUGGUUGGCCAAUCAUCGGACAAAGAGGAUAGGGACCUACAGCGGGCACUGGAACAAUCCUUGUUGGAGCAGUCUGGCGCCAGCGGUGUGGAAACACCUGUGGAUGGUGGUUCCACUCCUACGGUUUCUAGCAAGGACAAGGGCAAGGCAAAGGAACAACCGUCUGAGCCAGAACCCGAAGGGAUGAUGCGUUUCCCUAUUAUUGGCACGAAGGCCUUCUUUCACAACGACGCCAUGCUGGAUGCACACCUAGACCACGUCUUGAAGUGGUGGCAUGGUGAACGUAAGCCGGAGGGAGUGCCCGUAGAAUACACGUACAGAUGCAGGUGGUGUGAAUACGCUAACGAUUGCGAAUGGCGCGCGGAGAAAGCUUUGGAAAUCAGCCAGAAGGCCAAAGAACGGAAAAACUCUCGGACAUAG